UACGGGGCCUUGCGUUUCUUAUGCAAGUAGUCUUCUUUCAGUAAAUGAUGUUGUAGGGUUAAGUCAAAUUUGAUGUUGGGUUUUUUUAAUACAUAUUUGCAGGUACCAAAUUCAAGUACUCAGAGGUACAAGCACACUGCUCUACAGAACAGAGUUCCAGAAGCUACUGUACUACAGGCUGCUGCAAAGAUCUAACUGCAUGGGCUAGUUUCUCUGAAGACUGCCUUGCUCUCUUACAGAAUCUGUCCAUAAGUAAGGCUACUACUUUUCUAUACUAAUCACUGUUCCUGAAGAUGAGUGUCCAAAGGCUAUCAAGAGCAGCGAGGCUCACUAGGGAAAUGAGUACACAUGAUAAACACAUCUAGGAAACACAUCUAGGAAACCACCUGAAAUGUUAUGUACACUGUGUGCAGCACAUUGCUUUAUGGGAUGUGCAGCUACUGGGCUACUCCUAUGAAGGAAUACAACAGGGAAGGUUAAAUGAAAGCUACAGCUCACGCUGAGUGGUGGUGAGGGCCAGGCAUGUAGUUUAGUUACAAGGAGUGCACAAAAGAUGCCCCUAAUUACAGUAGAGAGAAACAACAGCAGAGUAUCACUUCAUUGAGCAGUGUUGCUCAGGCACCUCCACUUCCCUGCAUCAAGAGCCUCCUUACAACUAUUUCUCUCCCAGAUCUUGUAUCCAUAGGUUGUAACUCAAUUCCCACCCCUGCCUUUGUUGCAAGUGAAUAUAGUUACCCCUGCAUUGGGUAGGCCCCCUCCGGCUCUCUUGUAAAUGUAUGGAGACCCUCCCAGCUUCUUUCAUUGACUCUGAAAGAAAAUUGAGCUUUAACUAGGGCUGAGAUUGCCUUAAAGGUAAAAAACUCACUCGGGGAUGGUCACCAACACAAUACCUUUCUAGCCAUCUCUAGCUCAUCUUGGAUGGGCAAAAAAUCUGAAAGUAAAUUGUCACUAGAAUAUUUUUGCUCCAGAAAAAAAUAGAAAAACUAGAAGGAACUGGAAAAUCCAGUCUUGUCACAAAAUAUGCAGGAGUGGUUAAAAAUAGUGGUAAAUACAGAUUAAGUUUUAAUUCUGUAAAUAUUUUUUGAAAAAAUCAAUUUGAUUCUGGACAUUUCAGAUGAAUGGCCACAUGUAAGUGAAUUUGAAUCAGAUCUUGAUAGCACAGCUUGUUUAUACUAUCAUAUCUGUAGUACUUAUCACUCAAGAAUAAAACAAAGGAGUAACCACAUUGCGUGGCUGUUGCUUGGGUCAACAACAACUAUGAAAGCUGUAAGGCAGCGGCACAGGCUUCAGCACUGAUAAAUAAAGCAAACUGCUGCUUUCACAUUUCCUUUGAAAGAUAAGACGACUGUGUUCCCCUACGAUGUGACAUUGUAUAGUAAGUGACUGUUUUCUUGACUUUGGGUGAAUAGGUAGACAGUUUAAAAACAAAAAACCAAAAGCUUUAACAUUUAGAAAUAGUCAAACUUGAAAGAUUUUGUUAGUAUCAUACAUAUCCUCCAUCCUGACAUGCAAGAUUUAAGAGAAAGGGUGGGGGUUUAUUCAGACUGUUGAAGAUACUGAUUUUGCAUUCUAGUUUUGUUAUUAAAUCUUUUCCAAUGCCUUGUUAUUGCAGUAGCUCUUUGGUUUACGCUUGCUACUUUUUGAAAAAGGUCUUUAAAAUUUUUAUGAUAUCUGGAACUCGGAGGGUGUAUGUUAAUUAUGUCCUUUCCAUUUAUGCUCUAGAAUCUGUUUUCUCAACUGGUAUGUGUUUGAAAAAUUCUCAUCUCUUCUAACACACCUUUUCUGAUUACAGUUUCAAAAUCCUUUUUUAAUGAAAUCGGUUCAUUUCUAAGCAAGGCACAUCACAUGAUGCUGACGAGCAUUAUGUACCUUUUUCUGUUUAUAGCCUGUACUUACUGUCAUGGCAAAGUAUGCUGGUUUUUAUUAUAUGCUACAAUUCCUUUUUAUUUAGAUUUAUUUAAAAAAAGACAUCUAUAUUGGAUUUUCUGUUUGGAACCCUGAGACAACAGAAAUGAACAACUGGCAAGAUCAUUAUUACUGCUUUUUACACCCUGCUUUUCAGGUGCAGCUACUAACGCAGGAUAGUUGAUCAGCACAACAGAAAUUAGACCGUGGAGACCAAAAGGGGGGAAAUCCCUGUAAUACUGAGACUACCAGCCCCUGGGAUACCCAGUUCCAAGAGUGGUAGAAAUGAUAAGCAGCCUUCUUCUGGUGACAGGAGGAGAACUAUCUAUGCUGGAGCACACCAGAAUAGCUUGUUCUGACUCUCCAUUACUUGCUUGCAUUUCCAGUUCAUUAAUUGGAGAGUUAAUUUUAACAGAACCAGACCUCAAUGCAAAUCCUGUAUUAACAUACUGGACACUGCAUGGCUCGCUCUAACUCACUUUUCUACCCAUGAUGUUGUUCCUAUGCAAUUUAAGCUUCUAUUAAACUUCUAAAUCUUUUUAGAACCUAGAUUCAGUCCAUACAGACUUUAACAACAUUUCCCUGCAAAUAAACUCAUCCCGCUUGCUAUUCUCCUGAUCAGGAAAUUGUCUUGCUCCUCCCCUCCUAUCUACCUAACACAAUCCUUUCCCACUAUCUCACUUCAGGUAGAAAGAUUACUACUGUUCUUUCCUUUGAGGAAAGCCGAAAUAACUCUGUGAAUGACUUGUCUGACAAGGCAUAAAAACUCUGAAGUUUGAGACAGCACACAAUGUGGAUUCUAACUUAGGUUAUCUUCAUCCCGCGUUUCGCCUCCAUCUGAAUUGAAAAGUAAAGUGUUUCAUAAAGAGCCAGUAACUUUUCAAAGGGGUAACUAACAGACUGCACUGGCACUACUUCUUGGCCCCACCGAAACUACUUUUUCAGGUAACGUUCAAUCUGCUGCAUGUUAUAACUCACAGAGGCGAUGCCUUCUGCCAAUCUAAAUGAUUCAGAGGUGAAUUCUGCUGAUCUUAUGCUGAGUAAUAUCUCGUAGUAGAAUUAGUCCCAUAGAAACAUGCUCUUUGUAGCUCAAGAGGGAGGACAUUUAACCUUAGGCUAAAUCUUUGAAAACCCCAUUAACCUGUCUCACAAAAGACUUUAUUUACAAGGUAAACAGCUUGCAAAUCGGGUUGUUGGUGUUACUCGUACGUGCUGGCACAGCCCUGACAGGAAACAGCCCCCUGCCUUGGAGAGCGGAUGCUGUGAUACUGCAUCAGCUCUGGAGAGGGGGUGUGAUGGAGGGGGGCUGACAGAAGUGGUCACUUCUCUAACAGUAAUACAAAUAUUUGAAACAGAUCAACUAAAAUCAAAUGGGGAAGAGACAUUAAUGAAUGUCCUCCAUGUUUCCAGUAAGUCACUUGAGGAGGGGAAAGGAAGAAGUGCCACCAUCUGAUGAUGUGACUAACAUCUGAACAGCAAGCUAAGGCUGAAUCACAAGCUCUAAAGCACUCGCUGAGACUCAAACCCUACUUUUCGAGACAGGUCCAAUCCAAGCCAAACAACUCCGACGCUUAACAGCUCGCAACCUGAGCCUAAAGGCUGAAUUUGGCAAAACAAAUUCUGCUUCUCUCAUAGGUUUCUCCAGAAUCCCUUGAUCCAAACACUAAACCACUCACGUCUUUGAAAGCUUAAUCCAUAUUCCAUUUUUGGAAGCCUCUGCAAUUGUCUUGUUUAUCUUUUGAGUUGCCCUCAGGACAAAUCUGGUAAGAGGUGAUAUGUUUAAAUUCACUGGCUGUUGUGUUUGGGUCUUGACUGUCAAGACAACCAUCUUCAGGGUUGCUUUUGCUUUUGUCUGUCAUGUCAUGGAUUUUCUAAUACAGCUCCUAUCUGUUAGCACUUAGGAUUUUGUCUGUCUCCUGGAUGCGUUAGGAUUUAAUUAUUUGGUAAGUAAAAAAAAUCUCAAUGUGUCUCCUUACAGAGUCCCUUUAAAAAGAGGGCAACAUGGCAACUACAGAUGCUGCUGACUUUUACUAUAACUUUUCCAUCACUGAUCCCAACGAGAACGGAAGUGAGAAUUUUCACACAUUCACAAGAGUCUUUCUGCCCUGUGUGUACUCACUCGUUUUCAUCCUUGGGCUAGCAGGAAACACACUGGUCUUUGUCAUACUAGUUUUCUAUGAGAAACUGAAGAUGCUGACAGAUAUAUUUUUGCUGAACUUGGCUAUAGCUGACUGGGUCUUCCUUUGGACGCUGCCAUUCUGGGCGUACUCUGCUGUUCAGGAGUGGACUUUUGGCACCGUGGCAUGUCGUAUUAUACGGGGCUUGUAUAUUCUGAACUUGUACACUUCAAUGUUAACUCUAACGUCUAUCACCUUUGACCGGCUUAUUGCUAUUACUUUUGCCACCAAAGCACAUAUGUGUCAAAACAAGCGAAUGACAUGGGGCAGGUUAAUCUGUGUCUUGAUCUGGGUGAUCUCACUAGCUUUUGCUGCACCACAGUUUAUUUUUAGUGAGGUGUUUAAUAUUGAUAAGGCAAUAUGUCAGGAAGAAUACCCAAACCAUCGUACAGAACUGAUUCUUGAAGUGAUCCAAAUGACCCUGGGCUAUUUUAUUCCCAUGCUAGCCAUGAUCAUCUGCUACUCACUGAUUAUUAGAACCUUACUGCAUGCCAGGAGUUUUCAAAAGAACAAAUCUCUAAAAAAAAUAUUUUCUGUAGUUGCCAUAUUUAUUCUUACUCAGUCACCCUAUACUUUCUUGAGACUGAUAAAGAUCAUAGACUGGAGCUUUAACUUGAACAGCAGCUUUGAAUAUGCAAUCAUCAUAACAGAAGCUCUUGCUUAUUUCCGUGGCUGUCUUAACCCUGUUCUGUAUUUCUUCAUGGGGGUGAAAUUCAGAAGGAACUUACAGAAAAUUAUUAAAAACUCAAGAUGCGUCAAACGCCAAGUUACAGCUAAACAGCUGCAAACCAUUGAAGAGGAAGGCUCUAAAACUUUUACAUCAAAUAAUGCAGAUGCAACAAGCAUGUACCCGCUAUAAAACUGCCUAGAGAAUCUGGCAACUAUUCACAGUUUUGGGUUUUUUUUAAAUACUGAGAUAGGUAGCCUGCACGAAAGAGGAGAGUAAAGACACUGUGAUUGGCUUUAGGCCAACCUAUCUUAAUCAUGAUACUUCAGCGUUUCCUGCUUUUCCUGGUCAGAGCUGAUCCUGAGAUAAAGCUGGUAACAGAGUUAACUGUGCAGAAGAUCUUCAAAAGGUAUAAGAAGCAAUGAGAUAAAACUCCCUUCUUCACAACAUAAAGCUAACUUGGACUUCAUGUCUCCAGAGGGGCUACAGACCUCUGCCCUGCUGUUUUUCCAUGAAAGGUGUUUUUUAACAGAAGCAUUUAUGAGUUUUGUUUCAAAGAUAUUAAAGAUUUUAGUUCGGCACAUUCAUUUAAUGAGAAUUCCUGGAUUAAAAACAUACACAUUUCAAUCUUCAUGCUGGGUAUCAUGUGUGGUUGGGUUUUUUUGGGUUUUUUUUGUAGUUCUCCAUUUGGGAGAAGGUGUCCACACACACUCCUUUAGCGUUCAUCUAAAAUUUCUGUAAUAAAGCAGCAUUUUCAUCUGCCUUCCAUCUAAUAUCAGGUUCAUGGUCUGAAUUUCCCAUACACAUUUUUGUAUCUUACUUCUGAUAACAGAGCUCACGUUGCCAGAUAACUAGACCCCCUGUCGACACAAGGGAUAUCACACUGCACAUGCGCUCUAACACUGAGCAGCGUUUCCUUAGACGCAAACUCUCGCACCCUAAUUCCCACACAUUCUUUGCACCGUGGCAUCUUUCCAGUCUGUUUUUCCUGGCACCCCCUUGGCACCCUGGUUCCCUUGCCAUGAAACCCUGGCUUCCUUAGUUGUUCUCCUUCUUGGUUCCUGCAGCCCCUCCUUUCCACGUCUGGCCUUUUCACUUCCCAGUGAAAGGGUAAAAGGUACACAGGGGGCAGCGCAGACUGGGGCAGAAAGGAUGCAAAAGCUCUUGUAGAGAGUUGCAGAACAGGGGUGGAGACCGGAGUAGGGAAAAGAAAGAAGAGAUGUUGGAGAGGAGCAGAGGGAGGGCUAUAUGCAGCUGUGGGCUGCCUAUGAUGAAGGCAGGGUUGGGUCUGGCCCAAAGGCUGAAAGUCCUUUGCAUUACAGCUUUGAAAUACCAGAUUUAACCUGUUUCAAACCAUUCUUGCAAUAACCAUGCUCACUUUAGAUGUUCCUUUUCUCCCCAUUAACACUCAGUCCUUCCUACCAGAUCACUGCAGCUCAGUGGUACCUGAUCCUUAUCGGCAUCACUCUGUCCAUGUAACCUUUUUUCCCUUGAAAACAGCUGCUUAACCAAUCCUUUCCUAAACACACAAUCUCUUUUGUUUCUCCCCUAGUGAGAUGGUGCAAUAUCCUUAAAAACAAAAGUACGAAGGAACGUGCUGUGCUUUCACGUCAGUGUGGCAGGUAAAGCUGGUAUCCGAACACACAGCCAGAAGGCAGGCUUUGCCAGCAGAGGGUGGUAAGAGGUGCUCCUGUCCCCACUCCUCUUCCCGGCUGGUUCUGCAGAGGGCAGCGAAUGCUUCAGACCACAUGCAGUUCCCGUUUUUGGCUAUGCUGGCACCCUGCCAGGCCAUGUGAGCUGUAAUUAGGUCAGGACAGAGUGUUAUAAGUCAUUACAAAAAAAAAGAAUCCAAAACAAAGCAACUACAGGGCAGAUAGGCUGAGAUGUCCUUUCCACCAAAAGCAGUACCAAGGUGUGAAUAAACUCUUAGUUUCUGCACCAGGGCAGUGGUAUUUUUUAAAUUUUUUUAAAUUUUUUUUUACACUUCUGCUGUCUAUUAUCUUGAUUAUGCUGCUGCAACAUUUAUUGCAGGCAUGUAAUUUCUACAAUAUUUUAAAAUGGAAAUACAGUGCACUGGUUUACCCUGGGGACUUUGACCCAGUGCUAUGCAACAUCCUGACUUUUGUUUUAGAACACAAUCUACAAAUAGGAAUGCUUUAGAAAUAAAAGUUUAAAAAUACAACACUUCAAAAGAGAACCCAUGAGCCUUGAAGUUGCAAGAUGUACCGCAACUGCACACUUUAUUGCAGCUUCUCACAUUAAGAUUUCAAUCAGAUUGCUCCAAACUCACAUAACAGACCUGAAAGCAUGAAGCAACUGCUGCUUAAUCCUAACUGUA